AUGUUGCCAAUCGCUUUUGUCCUUUUCAUUGCCGGAUUUCUCUCCUCUUCGGUCGCUGCCUUUCGUUUCGACUGGAACAACAUUACCUGCCAAGGGCUUCACGGACCUCACUGCGGUACAUACUUGUUGAAAGUCAAGGGCCAAAAUGACACUUACAUUGGCCAAAGCUAUGUUGUCGGUGCUGACGUUCUUGCCAAUGACGCCAGUGACGCUUGGCGCAGAUUGCUACACGAGGAGUACCGUUUCCUCACUCGUCUAACAACCGUUCAGACCCUGAACGACACUGCCAACUUCUACCCACUUGUCGGAGUUACAGACCAGAAAACUUGUAACUUCCAAUCUGUCGAUGAUGCUGUUGUUCCAUACAUCAACGCUGUGACCAAUGAGCUUUCCUAUGAUAGCUGGGCUUCUACCAGUAUGAACUCCACCGCUGUCACUGGUGUCGCUUCUCAGUUGUUGAACGCUUCCACUUACGGCGUCCAAGUUGCCGUUUGCAGCCCUGGAUUCAUCACCGACCUACUAAACUCUCCAACCGUCAACAUUUUCAAUGUCGAAGAUACCUUGCCCCCAUGGUGUGAGGCCAUCGAAAUUGAACCAGUUUGCCCUGCUUAUGUCAAUUAUCAGACUCGUUAA